AUAUAAGAUGUGAGCAGAUGUAUUUCAAGCUUCUCUGGUUGGUGAAAGCAGACAUCAGUCCUUUCACUUCGGAUCAGGAUUGGCAGAUGGGGAGGCUUAUCCCGGUUUACAGGUCUGUACCUUUAGUUUUUUUUGCCCGGCUACACAUUACAAGUCCUGCCCAUUGCUCCCGCUGUCUGAGGCUGCGCGCGCAGUGGGAUGCAGAAGGAGUGGCGGAGCGCGCGCGUGUGACUGAAGCUAGCAUCGAUUAUUACAUAGGUACUGUAACCUGAUCAACUCAACAGCUGUUUUCCCCACUGUAUACCCAGUGGUCACGCGAAACGUAAAUGGACGUGAACCUGUGACUCUGAAUUCGCACCUCCCCGAGGCACUCAACGGGACGAAAGGCGAGACAGCGCAUUCCGAAGGGCCGGUGGGUGUUGGUCGACAGUUGAAAAGAUGGGCACGGUGCUCUCUAUUUCUCCCACAUCCAGAAAAGGAGGGAUUCUGGAUGAGAAGACGGAUGGAGCUAGCGGUAAGACGGAGAAGAGCCUCAAGCGCCAUUCGAUGCUGAUAUCGGCUCUGACGUGGAAGCGGUUAGUCGCUGCCUCGGCCAAGAAGAAGAGUGCCAAGAAAGUGAACCCGAACCCACCCGUUUCUCAAAUCAGUAACCCCGUAGACCAGCUAAACACCGAAAAUCUUAAGAAAUCUCAAUCAGGCUCCGAGCGCAAGACGAAAUCUGGGCCACUUGCAGUGCCAGUCCCUACUGUACCGGAUAAAAGCCUUCGAUCCAAUCAAACCCAGAAUGCAUCCCAGAAUGGAAAGCAGCUCCUUUCGGUCCAACGGCAACCGAGCAGUCGCUCCAUCAUCUCCCCUAGACGAGUCAUCGUGCAAGCCUCCACAGGAGAGCUCCUUCGCUGCCUGAGCGAGUUCAUGUGCAGGAGGUGCUACAAACUCAAAGAGCUGAGCCAAAACGAGAUCAUCCUGUGGUUCCGAAACGUCGACCGAUCACUGCUCAUCCAAGGUUGGCAAGACCAGGGUUUCAUCACUCCUGCCAACUUGGUGUUCGUUUACCUGCUCUGCCGGGAGGCGGUUACCGAGGAUAUUUCCAGCGAGUAUGAGCUGCAGGCCACCUUUCUCACCUGCCUGUACCUGGCUUAUUCUUACAUGGGCAACGAGAUCUCGUACCCGCUCAAGCCCUUCCUGGUGGAGACCAACAAGGAGGUGUUCUGGGAGCGCUCCCUGCGGAUCAUUGAUAAAAUGAGUGCCAAAAUGCUGCAGAUCAACUCCGACCCGCAUUUCUUCACCGAGGUCUUCCAAGACCUCAAGAACGAGGGUGGCUCGAGCGAUACGAACGGAAGAUGGAAUAAUAAUCUGGACCGCUAAAUUAGGCUUGUGUUAAAAGGAGAGAGAAGCUCUCUGAUACCUCUCCACACCCUUCCUUCAAGGGUGAAAUGAAUGUAAGGCCCGACUGCUGAAGGCGCAAAGAGUGUUUCACUCUAUUGCUGGUUUGUGGAAACGGACAGGGGGAUUUCGCCUCACCUCCAUGAGAGGGGGUUUACGUUAUCACAUGUGUAAAAUAGGCUACAACCUUCAUGACCCAGUGAAUGUCACGAGCGCGAUCUGGGGUUUCUUCAUAGUUUACUUAAUGCAUGCUUAAAGAAUUCUACUCGUAUCAUCAUUGUGGUUUUUGAAGAAAAAUAAUAAUAACGAGCUGUUGGUGCCGAGCUAAAAACGAGAGAUGUAAAUUAUUAGCUUGUGCGUCAAUGCUGGGGUCUUAUUUUUCUAUUAGUUUCAGAAACGAUGUUGUCACCGACGCUGAGCUGUCCGGGGUGCUGGCCUGCAACAGACACUCUCCUCCUGUCUCCUGUGGCGCCUGAUGCUGUCUGAACGUUGAAUGUACUGUUUUACAACAAAACGAUUCUCUACAGUCAUAUGUGCCAAUUGUCAUAGUAUAAAACUUAAUGUUUUAUAUUGUAUAUUUGAAAAUAUAUGAAUACAAAUACCCCCAGACUC